UGACGUCAAAGUUGGACGUCAGCCUGUGACUGUGUUUACUUUAUUUUCCUUUCGUUAAAUCUACUUUUAUUUAUUUCUAUUGAAUAUCUUUGUUAAUAUUUAUUUUGAAAAGCAACUGUAAAACAGAUUUAUUCGGUGUGAAAUAGCACCGGGGAUACAGACGAGCAUGCACAGGAGAUAUAGACCAUACUCGCCUGUAACCUGUCUUCUUCUGAAACAAAGAUGGGACAAAGUCGUCUUUGAAAGCAACAUGAAGAAAAUUCGUGCAGCGAAGGCUGUGAUUGACAACAGGGCUCCGAUAGUUAACCACCACGUGUAUAUCAAACUGAAAAAACAUGAGUAUGAGACAGAGAGGGAGAAAGUUAUCAUCCGAGACAAUCAAGAGUUGUAUAGAAAGAUGUACCAUAUAAUGCGUACACGUGGACGGAUAGAUCACAUAAAUACCUCGCUACGCUACAGAAAAAGUGAAAACGCUACAAAACACAAAAAUGAACUUAUCCGCGUGGCAAAGGAGAACAGUGCCAUUCUCAAACGUCUUUCUGAACAUGAACCGAACUAUAACCAUAAGCAGGAUCUCAUGGAUUAUCUGGAGAGUGAGUAUUAUCUCAAAAAAAUCUCGAGAUAUCCACCUCCAAAACGACCAGCUUUAAUACCGUUCCAUCUCGGACCAAAGAAGAUGAAAUACGGACCAAAGACACGCAAUAAAAGAUACAAGAAUUGAAUGAAAAUCACUCUUUACAAAAGACGCAAUAAGAAUAACCGAUAUAACAAUUGUACAUAAUACUUCAUUCUAACAAAGGUGGCAACAUUAUUUCAAAUCGAAUUUUCUUAUAGUCAUAAGAUUCAACACUUCUUUGGAAAAAGUGUAACAAAAACGAAAACUUAGCUCUAGAAAAUGAGGAUAAUUUUAACAAACCAGUUUUCAUUAAUUUUAUUGUGACUUGUCAAUAUUUGAAACUUUUCGUAAUAAAACAACCAAAUUUAA